UUCAAAAUUUUUUGCAAAACAUUAACUUGAAUACUGUACAGUGGCAAACCUUAGAGGGAGCUUUCAAAUUAUUUAGGAGAAAGAAUUCAAGAACUAUGUAACAGAUGAUUCACAUAGGUAACAGGGGUGAAAUUGCCCGACUUAAUAGAUUUUCAUGUGAUUAUGAGUGUGAGCCUUGGGGAGUGGUGUAAGGCGUUGUGCUUGAACAACUGUUCUUGUACAGCAUAUGCCUACUCAAAUCUUAAUGGAAGCAGUGGCUGUUUGAUGUGGUCCGGGAACCUGAUUGAUAUCAGAGAGUUAAGUACAGAAACAAAUAAGGAGGACAUCUAUAUCCGCGGGCACACUUCUGAGCCAGAAGCAGGGAAAUCUGGGGAAAUAGAUACUUCAUUCCUGUCACCGUCUGUUCCAGAGUCAUACACUAAUCAGAAGACCAAAAAAAUAGUGAUCAUCCUUGUUAUAUCCAACUAUUUUGGAAUCCUCACCUUGGGCUUAGCAGUAUGGUUUCUAUUUCUGAAGAAGAGAACAAUGGGAACAGACCAGGAAAGCAAGAAGGAGAACUUAGAGUUACCUUUGUUUGACUUGCCUACCGUUGCAACUGCUACUAACAACUUCUCCAACACCAAUAUGAUUGGAGCAGGUGGCUUUGGGCCUGUGUACAAGGGCAAUCUGCCAGAAGGAGUAGCAGUAGCAGUGAAGAGAUUGUCCAAGAAUUCAGCACAGGGUGUGCAAGAGUUCAAUAAUGAAGUUGUUUUGAUGGCGAAACUUCAGCACAAGAAUCUUGUCAGGCUUUUGGGCUGCUGCGUUCAAGGAGAAGAAAGAAUUUUACUCUACGAAUCUAUGCCCAACAAAAGCUUGGAUUAUUUUAUUUUCGAUCAAAACAGAAGAGCAUUAUUGGCAUGGGAUAAGCGCUGCGAGAUUGUUAUGGGAUAGCACGAGGGCUUCUCUACCUCCAUCAAGACUCUAGAUUUCAAAUUAUUCACAAGGAUCUCAAGACGAGCAAUAUUUUACUGGACGACAAUCUCAACCCUAAAAUUUCAGACUUUGGCUUGGCAAGAAUUUUUGGAGAGAAUGAAAUGGAAACGAGAACAAAGAGAAUUAUUGGGACUCAUGGCUAUAUGUCCCCUGAGUAUGUGAUUGAGGGGCACUUUUCUGUCAAAUCAGAUGU